UCAAAGAAACGGCAGUAAAACGUUAAGCAGCGAGUUGGUAAACUAGGUAACGAUUAGAAAGCAGGGAAGCUAUAAAAGUUAGCAAACCUCCCUGCUGCAGUGCCACAUCGUCACAAGCUCUCAGCUGGGCCUCAUUCCUUGUUGCCUUUGGUUGAGACGUUAAAAGCCAUAUUACGAGAUAAUCUGUCCUGUUUAUCGUUGUCUUAACAAUUAACGUUAACAAUAUUAAUCACUAUGCAUUUCAUCAAAUCGCACUGUAGCUUAUUUUCAGCCAUUGUAUGUCCUGUUGAGGCGUUUAAUGAGGUCAAGAAUAUGUAAACUUAAAUGAUCAAGAUGUAAAUGAUGUACACCAUUUCAUCUGGGCGUGAGUAGCUAUAAGGGGCUGAUCUUGGUGAAUGUCAUCAACGGGCGUAGUCCUCCAUACGCAAAUACGUGCAAGUCAUCAGAAGGUCACUGGAAGAAAUUGGCUGUAUUUGGUUAAGCGUUUUUGAACGCCGCCAUGGCUCCGGGGGAAGACGAAGAGGAGCUGUCAGCAGUCGACGAGCCCAAGGAGGUGGACGUGUUUACAUCCGUGCGUUGCCUGGGUUACCUGUCCAGUGUCAACCUCCUUGUGGCGGUAUGCGUUGGCAUGUACGUGCGCUGGGAGGUGACGAGCGAACCAAUGAUUCUGGUCAUCUUCAUCCUCGGCCUCUUCGUCCUGGGGAUUGCCUGCAUCCUUCAUUACUACUUCGCUAUGGAGAAAGCCAGCCUCAGCUUGUUCCAUCUGUGGUUUGGCUUCUUGCUCGGCCUUCUCUGCUUCCUCAACAGCUCCAGCUUGAAUUUGAACGUCAAGGAACUGGUGGCCAACUAUCUCCUGUUGGCCAGCGCGAUCAUGAAAACAAUGUGGGCUCUAACCGAGCGAAUAUGCAGCUCCGUCCGUUACAAACCCACCUUGCUCACGUCAACUGAGCUACUCGAGCUCCUGGGAUUUGGCAUUGCCAGCACCGCCAUGCUUCUCCACAACUCGGUAGCCAUCAUAGGUUUGGUUGUGGCCCUGGGGGCUCUCAUCGUGGACCUGAGGAUGAAAUCCCUCCUGGCUUUGCCGAACCUGGUCAGUUUCGCCUUGGUCACGUCUCUCGUUUUCUUCCAGGCCUUGGGCAUCACGGCCAACCCGUACGCUUUAGGCUGCUACCUGGGCAGGCUACUGUGUGAGCCUGUGUUGGACAUGUACUUCAGUGUGCUGGGGCCCACGGAGCGCUGGGUACCAGUGCUCUCCCUCGGGAGGAUCUGGAGGAGGCUGUCCCUGCUGCCGCUGAGUCUGACUGAGCUCGCCUUCUUCGUCCUGGCUGCCUUAAAGCUCGGCCACUUGGAGCUCUGGUAUCUGGUGAUUCCAGGCUUCUGUUUGUUUGGCCUUUUCUGGUUCAUCUGCCACACCAUUCUGCUGAUGACAAUUUGGGGCUUCCACACAAAGUUGAGCGAGUGUCAGAAGGCCUGGCAGGCUCAGCGGUCCAGAAGCCGGAGUCUCAAUCAAGUCAUGGCCUCCAGGGGCAUCCGCCACUUCUGCCUCAUUUCAGAGCGGCUGGUGUUCUUUACUUUGCUGUCGACAGUCAUACUGGGAGCCGUGUCCUGGCAGUCCUCCAACGGCCUGUUUCUCUGCGCUCUGCUUGUGGUGCUGCCUCUGGAGUCUCUGACCCACGGCUUGUUCCACGAGCUGGGCAGCUGCCUGGGGGGAACCUGUGUUGGCUACGCCCUGGUCAUACCCACUGCCUACUGCAGCGCCGACGGCCAGCCCACUCUCCUUCCACCCGAGCAAGUGCAGCAGUUGAACACGCGCUCCACGGGGAUGCUGAACAACGUGCAGCGCCUCUUCUCCCACCACAUGAUCCAGACGUUUGGCUGCGACUACUCCACCAGCGGCGUUACUCUGGAGGCCCUGCAGACCAAGCUCCGCGGCUUCCUGGAGCUUCGCACAGAAGACGGGCCCCGCCAUGACACCUAUCUGGUUUUCUACAGUGGGCACACACACAAAGGCACUGGUGCUUGGGCUCUGGCUGGAGGUGAGAGCCUCCACCUGGCCCAGUUGCUGGACAUGUGGCAGGAGAAGAACGCGGGCCACUUCUCCCGUCUCAUCCUCGUCCUGGACACGGAGAACUCCCUGCCCUGGGUGAAGGCGAUCCGCAAGGCGGAGGGCGUCUAUGUGGCCGUGCAGGGGGCCGAGCUGUCCCUCCCCAGGGCGGACCCGGAGCCCGGGGACACCCCGCUCCUCGGGGACUUCACCGCCGAAUGGGUGGAGUUCAACUGCAACCCGGACAGCGACACCCAGUGGUCGGAAAGGGGAAGGGCCGUGGCGGCGGCGUACGGCGUGUCCAAGCGCUGGAGCGACUACACGCUCCACCUGCCCACCGGCAGCGACGUGGCCAAGCACUGGAAGACCCACUUUCCCAAGGCCACAUAUCCCAUGGUGCACCUCUCCAACUGGUGCUGUGGCCUCAACCUGUUCUGGUUGUGCAGCGUGUGCCUGCGCUGCUUCAGGAGGUGUAAGCUAGCCUGGUUCCCGCCAGCUGUGCUGGACACGGGGCAGGGCAUUAAGCUGGUGCACUCUUAGAUGGUGACCGCUAUUGACAUUUGGAUGCCGGUACUUUUUUGUUUUUUCUUCAAACAGCUGGGUCGAGGUGUUUUAUUGAAAGGAAAAGCGGUUCUUGUAUACCUAUAAUACACAAACGUGCACACAGGUUUUGUCACAAAGUACAAUAUGGCCUUCUGUCAGGAAGGUUGUUAAACUUCUUCCAAAUAAAUCAUAAGGCAAAAUUGGAUUUGCUGUAAUGCAGAGAUGUUGUGCUGGUAAUUUAGUAUCAAGGUCUUCUACGCUCAAUAUUAUUUUGUCAUCCAACAUGAGGGAGGGAAGUAUGCUUUUUACAUUUAGAGAUAUCUCAUGGUCAAAGGAACUGUAUUAACUGCGUAGCUAUUUCUUGAUAUGUGAUGAGGUAAAUUACCCAUUUUUUUUCUAUGACUUUAUUACAAACUGAUUAUCUCUUUUGUUACAAAGUGUAAUGCUUUUCAACAUCAUAAGUGUCUUGAAAAUGGCUUCUGCGGGGAUUCUUUUUAUAUGGCAGCCUUAUUUUUUACAUGUAAAUGCCUCUUGGGGAUUUGAUAGACUUACAAUUUGUGAGUGGGGAGGGACUCUGUGGUGUCGCACAGCUGGGACGGAUAAACUAUGGCUGACCUCCGUGACCUUUAGGCUCCAGGACCGUAUAGCCAACUCUGCACUCUUGCUGCAAAUUGCACGAUAUGCAUUUAUUCCUGAUUCGACUUGAGGCCUGUAGUGCCCCCCCACCCUCAUCCUGUUGAUUUAACACAAAAAGGAUUUCAAGUUGAAGAAGUAAUUUGCGCUUUACAAACGCAGCACAUUCAAGAACUCUACGGCUGUCGCCCUUGACUUGUUAUGUAAAACAACAAUUCAAGCGCUUCCAAUGCUUUUUCUAUUGGUGCACUGACCUUAAAAACUCCUGGUGACUCUUAUUUUCUACUUAAUUUGCUGGAAUUGGAUCUCUCUCCUACACAACCUUAAACGCUGGAGUGGAUUGGUCCUUUAUUGGCUUCGAGUGGGAUUUUCCACAUGUUUAAUCCCCAUCGUGCCUCACUUGAGUUAUGCCUGACAAUGUCCAAAUUAAACUCAAACAAUAAACUGAUUAAACACUGCA